AUGGCUCCUAUGCCGCACAAGCUUCUUCCAGCGGCGAUCCCGACCCUCCUUCUCAUCCAACACCUCGCAACCUCGUCCCUCGACUCUCCCGAGCCCCACCUCGACCACCUCCUCGCUCUGGCGCUCGAGUGCACGCUCGAGACUGGUCCACCAGUGUCCCUGAAGGCCUGGCUGGGCAGGGCGAGGGGGGAAGACGCGAGUGAGGGAUUGUUGGCGGUUGUCGACCAUGUCGAGGGAGCGACUCGCCGGCUCGCAGCCGGAGGAAUGCUUCAUACCUUGAGCUGGUUGACAUCCUUACUAGAAGGCUUCUCGCUCGUCGCGCCGUCCGAAGACGACGAGCUCGCCAUGUCUACCGAUCCACCGCCUCUCCUCCGCUCCUCCCACCUCGGCAUGUACAUCCGGCGACUAGGUAUCGUGCUCUCGAAGCUCACCUUCGAGGAGACUUGCGCGUGGUGGAAAGACUUUGUGAGAUGGAUGGAGGGAGAGAAGGCGGGAAAGAGGCGCGAGGUGGAUCCCUUCGCCAAGGCUCGGCUGCGGCAAGACUUCCACCUCUCGCGCGAACUCGUCCGGACCUUCGCAACGAAUGGCAACGGCGACGUCUCGCCUCAGCAAGCUCUCCUGCAUCUUGCGCUCGUCGAGUACGAAGACGCAGGAUUCGCAGAGGCUCGGAUGGCCCUGGACGAGGCGACGCAUAUCGCUCGAACGGUGGUGGACAAGGCAUGCCUCGCUGAGUGCACCAGUCUGCGCGCACGUCUUGACGCAGCUUCCCCGCCAGCUGCGCAAGCCGCAGAAGGCCAAGCGACCGCCUCGGAAGCGAACGAGCUGGCCGCCGACUCGCCGCACGACUUGCUCUGGGAGAUUGAGCGUAGAAGGCGGAAUGGCGACCCCAUCGACUCCCUCUUCCCCCUCCUCUACACCUCCCAAGCAUCCUACCAAUCCUACCUUUUCCCUCCAGUUCCUCCUCCACCCACCACUCGUCAGCCGCAAGACGAAGCGGAGAAGGAGAAGAAGAAGGCGCAGAAGUUGGCGGGCGAGCCGGAUCCGGAUUGGGAGACGGGGUGGCACGCAGCGGCGGCUGGGUUGUGGGAAGAGAUGGGCAUCGACUCGCUCGCUGAACUGCACGAAUCGCUCGCCCUCGAAUUUAUCGACCCGCUCAAACCAAGCUGGGACACCAAGCUCUCCAUCCUCUCUCGGCAAGCGCAGAGGCUCUCCUCGCAGAAUCGGCAUGCGGCAGCCCUCCAACUCCUGCUCACUGCCGUUGACACGCGCGAGAAGCGCGAAGGGAUGGGUUUAAAAGAGGUGAGGGAGUGGCGGGAGAUGGUGUGGACCGUUGAGCGGGACUGGGCAAGAAGGGCCGGCAGGAAACACGACGAGCAAGCUGCGCAGCGGUUUCUCAGCCGGCCAACUCUCUCGGCAAAUUCCGACGAAGACGCACCCCUUCAUACCCGCCUCUCGCAGGCCUACACAACCCACCACCGCGCCACUCAAGCUCUCUCGACCCGCACCCGCCUCACUUCUCUCCUCGACUUGAUCGAGCUUCGCCUCGCUUCCGCCGGCCCAGGCGCGACCGCCGAAGCCGAGCGAGGACUGCAGGAGCUGGAGAAAGUGUGGGUCGAGGUGCUUGCGUUGCAAGAGGAGGGUGAGGGAGAAAGCGAGGAGUUGAGCAGGGCGAGGGAGGUCAAGGCGACGCUGGAGAUUGUGCUGAGUGCAGGAGAGGACUCUCGACUUCCGCCGAUUGUCGAAACCCUUGAAGGGUUUCUGCAGAACUACCUCCGCCUCUCGCUCCUCCCGUCCGUCCUCCGCGUCCUCGACACGCUCACCCGCCUCGCCGACCACUUACACCUCGCCGCCACGGACGCCAGUCAGUCCACACAAUGGCGACAGCGAAGAGACCAGUUUGCAACGCGGUGGAUCGAGCUGGACGAUGCACUGGCCGCUGGGACGGGCAUCGAGCAGGACGAGCUGUCAUCGAAGGAGCGUUGGGACAAGCUCGCUCGCAUCGUCGAGCAGGUGACGAAGGCUGUCGAGAUCAGUAUUCGGUAG